AUGACUAGUUUGCCAGAUAGUAUUAUUUCUGUUUUUCUUGAAAAACGACAAUGUGUAUUAACAGAUACAGAAGUGAACAAUGCACUUGUCAAUCAAGGUAUUUCAUGUAAUGUAGAACAUAUACGUCGUCAUGUCCAAUUACUCAGUCCAGGAUUAUUUCAAUUAAUAAAUAAUGCAAAUGAAAGAGUAACAAUUCGUGUUGAACCUAAAAUUGAAAUCUGUGAUGAAUUUCUUAAUAAUCAUUGUCCAGCUCAAGCAAAACAAUGUGAUCGACUUCAUAUAUGUCGACAUUUUGAAGGCAAUUGUCCAUCUCCAAAUUGUCGUUUUCCACAUGAUUUUAGUAAAGGAUAUAAUAGAAAAAUUAUUGCAGAAAAUCAUUGUCAAUAUGUAAAUCCUAUAUUGCUUAUCAAACUUCUUCGUCUUAAGAAAUCUUCAUCAAGACCUCCGGCAUCGCGUUUAUCACGUACUCGAGGUUCUCAACCAAGCAGACGUGGUCGUGGUUAUGGUCAUAGUCAUCGUCGCGGUCGUAGUUUUUCUAAUCAUGUAACUUCAAGGAAUUCUAUAGUACAAAAAGAUGACCCAAAUCGACAAGUCGAUGUUAGUUUUCCAUCAUCAAGUCUUGCUAAACAAAUGGAUAUGGAAAUGAUAGAAAUUCUUUUAAAUUUACAUGAUAUAAAAAUCGAAGACAAAUUCAAUGAAAAUGAAAAUGAAUAUUUUCGUCGAGUUACAAUUCAAUUGGGACGUAUAGAUGAUGUUGAAAAAUUACUCAGUUCGCCCGUAAUCAAUCAUCAUGGUAUUGAUAUAAAAUUUAAGCAUACUAAUCAAAUAAUUGAUAGAACCAGAUUUCUAUUGAAAACAUCAAUUAAUAAUGUACAAGAUAAAAUUAUUUCAUCACGUAUGGAACUUUAUAUUAGUACUCUUAUUAAAAAUAAUUCAAUAAGUAAAAUUUCUGAUCUGUCAACAAGCACCGAACAAAUAAUACUUGUUCAUUGUAAUAGGGACAUAGAUUUCGAUGGUGUUCGUCAAGCAUACAAAUCAAAACAAGAAUUAUCAGGCAAACAUUUAACAUUAAAUCAAGUUUAUGAAUGUGAUGCUUUAGAAGUUCAUUACAAUGAUACAAAUAAAUCUAUUACUGUUGAAGAUCUAAAAAUUAUUUUUGAAUCGGCUUGGAAUGAUAUAUUUGCUUUUAAUUUUCCAACAAAUAAUUGUGCUGAAAUUGAAUUUAUUAAUACCCAGGCUUUUAAACGAUGGAUAUCAACAGUCGAACAAAUACAAAUUAAAUUUCAAAUAACAAUUAAUCCAAUACUUGAUAGUGUUGAUGAGAAUAAUGAUACAGAAAGUAUUAGUUCAACACAUGCAGCACCAUAUACUAUUGAUACAUGUUCAACUGCUUCUAAUGAAUUUGAUGAUAGAUCACGUCAAACAACGAUUAAACUUCGUCCUGACUGGGUUUUGAUUGCUACUCAUCCAAAAUUUAAACUUGAAUAUAAAGAAUUUAUUCAUAAUGAACUUAGCGGUGAAAUUGAUAUUCAUGAUGAUGAAGUAACAUACAGUGGGUCGUUUCCGCAACACAUUCAUGGCAUGAAAAAUAAUGUUACUCUUCAAGAAAAAACAAAUAAUUUCAUGCGAAAUUUUGCAUUUAGAACAUUCUAUAAAUUAGAAUCAAGAAAUAUUGAAAUUCUUCGAGCUAAUGCAGCGACCGUGGCAUUUAAUCGUAUUAUAGAUAAUGAUUAUAUGAUAGCAACAAAAGUACUUGAAAUGCCGGGAUUCGUGCGUAAACUUUUUGCUAAAAAUAAUCAACAUCAUCAACAAGAACAACCAUAUUUGAAAACGAAUACUCAGUCAAAUAAUAAUUCAUCAUCACUUCCACUUACAAAACCAAAAGAAAUCAAAAAUAUUCCUGUUUUAUCAUCAGUUACAUCUACUUCUAUGUAUCCUGUAAAUACACCAGAACAAGUAAGUAUGUUCUCAAUAGAUACAUUUGAAGAUCGUCUACGACAAUAUCUUCAAGAAACAUUUAAUGUCCAAGUAACAUUUGAACGAACUAAUAAUAAUAAUAAUAAUAAUGAAAAAACUAAAGGACUAACGAAUUGUAUUUUGAUUAAAUUAAUGGGUCAAAUGAAUGAUCUUGAAAAUGCAACUAAAGAUUUAUAUAAUUUAUUUUUAUUAUUACAAACGAAGAUAUUUAAUGAAAAAACUAAUAGUUAUUGGACAAAAAUUGAAGAAGCGACACACGUUAUUCAAUAUCAUUUUAAACUUGCUAAUCUAAUUUGUACAUGUCAACAAAUAUCUCCAACAACAGUUUAUGUUCAUUAUUUUGAUAUAACAAAUCCACAAUUUGGUAUUGAUGAACAAAAAAUUGAAGAUUUAAUUCAAGGUCAAUUUAAAUUAGCUACAAUAAAUUAUGAUCAACCAUUAUCAUCGUCAACAUUUACAAAAGAAUGGAUAGAUAUAGAAAAUACAAUUCGUCAACGAGAUGAUUUUAAAAAAAAUAUUUGUUUAUAUAAAGAAUCAAAUACAGUUUAUCUAUUUGGUUUAACAGAAUUAGUCAAAAAAUUUCAUCAAAAAUUUCAACAACUUAAAAAUAAACAUGAUCCACAACCAUGUAAAAUUACUCUAUCAGAAAGACAGCUCAAAUAUUUAACGUAUGUUGCCAAAGCUGAUUUGGUUAAACUUGAAAAACAAUACAAAUCAGAUGGAUGUAAUGUAAGUUUAAAUCGUUUACGUCAUCAUUGUGAAUUUAUUGCACCACCGGACAUGCAUGCAAAAAUCAAAGAUAGUCUUGAAGCAUUAACACAAAUACGUGACAGUUCAUUUGAAAUUGAUGAACCUGGUUGUGAAGCUCUCAUUAGUCAAGAAUCAGAAAGACUUCUUACUAUUGUGAAAUUAAAAUGUUUUCUUGAAAAAACUACUGAAACUCGUCGUAUUCACAUUUCAAUACCCAGAGCUCGGGCAGCAAAUCUAGACGAUGACAUUAAACAAGCUCAAAGUACUAGUACAAUUGCAAAUGAAUUACCAAAUAAGACAAGUGUUAAUAUAGGCCAUUCGACAGUAACAAUUUUGACUGGUGAUUUAACAACACAAACAGUUGAUGCCAUCGUACUUUGUUCUUCAUCAGAAUACCUAUGCAAGAAAAUUGUUGACCAAGCUGGUGUUCAAAUACAAAAUGAAUAUAAUCUCCUGAAAGCAUCUGAACAAUUUCCAAAUACAACAUCCGGUGGUACAUUACCAUGCAAAAAAAUUUUCUUUAUACCAUGGUCACCAAAAACUCAUGAUCCAGCCGAUGUUAAAUCAUCUUUAAGUACAUUUGUUUCAAUAGCAUUUGUGCUUGCUGUCUCAACAGAAUGCAAAAGUAUUGCAUUUCCAGCUGUUGGCUGCGGAAAAUUUAAUUUUGAUCCAUCGAUCAUAGCUAAAUAUAUGUUACAUGAAACAAGAAAACAACUCACAACAUUUAAAAUAAAAAUGAAUAUUUCAUUUGUUCUUUUAUCUACACAACAAAAUGUUUAUGAUGAAUUUAUUAAAUAUCUUAAUCAAAUGCUAGUUGUAGAUCUAAUGGUAUCUACUAACAAUCCAACGAAAAAGCAAGUUAAUAAAUCAACAAUAGCAUAUGAUAAAAAAAUUAUUAAAAUAACAUUAAUUAGUUCAAAUGAUAAUCAUUUAAUGCAAUGUAAACAAGAAAUUAUUGAUUUAGCUCGAUCAUUGUCAAUAAAAUCACAAUUAACAAAUAAAAAUGAUAUGUUAGAUUGGUCACAAAAUACAAUUAAUAAAUAUUAUGAAUAUUGUAUAAAACAAAAUGUUAUACCAACACUUGAUUUUGAUAAUGUUACAAUUGAACUUGUUGGAGCAAAAGAUGCAAUACAUGAAGCUGAAAAAUAUUUCUAUGAAUUAACAAGUGAAACAUUUAAAGAAGCACGUAUUCAUGCAGUUUCACGUGGUGCUAUUUGGUCAAUUGAAUUAAUACCUAAUUCCGAUGUAUGGGAACAAUAUUCAUUUAAACUUAAUGGAAUUAUUGAAGAUGCGUUUUUGAAAAAAUAUCCUCAUGUAUGUGUUCAUAUUGAAUGUUUAAUGAAUAAGCCCUUCUGGAGUGAAGUAGAUUUUCAAAAUGAUCAAGAAGAGAAAUGUCGAAUAGUUUUUUCUGUAAUGCAAGAACAUCAUGAAACAAAUAUUCGUCGUGUGCGUCGUAAACCUGUUGAUUCAACAUUACCAGAUACAUGGGAAACUUCAGAUCAAAGCUGUAAACGAGUCACAUUACAGCCGUCGUCAAAAGAAUAUCAAAAUGUACUAGCACAAUUUCAUGUUACGAUGCUUGGUAAAUAUUCGAAUAUAGUUAAAAUUGAACGUAUUCAAAAUGAACGAUGGUAUAAGCAGUAUGCUGCACAUCGUGAUGAUUUCAAACGACGUUAUCCACAAAUAGAUUAUGAACGUUUACUUUUCCAUGGAUGCCCUAGUACGUCAGUCGAUCAGAUUGCUCGAGAAUGUUUCAAUCGAUCAUUUGCCGGUGUUAAUGGUAAAUCGACGCGUACUGAAUAUAAGGAAAAUAGGAUCUUUCGUUUAGGUGUUUUGUACGGUUGUGGAGUAUAUUUUCAUGUUCAAGCCAGUUACAGCCAUCAGUAUGCACAGCCAAAUAGUGCAGGAGAAAGAACUAUAUUUUUAGCACGUGUUCUUAUUGGAAAAACUUGCAAAGGAGAUAAAACAAUGAAAGUUCCUCCAUCUGGCUAUGAUACAACUACAGAUGGACAACAUAUCUUUGUCGUAUAUCAUGAUGCCGGUGCAUAUGCAGAUCAUUUAAUCACCUAUAAAUGA